UAACAAGCCUUAGAUUUGUGCUCAUAUUUCUUAGAUAAUCAACAAUGGAAUACAACAACAACUUUACCCAAUAUGGAGAGGACGGAAUCACGGCUCCUUGUCAGGAUUCUGACUUUUCAACCAUCGCUGGGAUUGUGUUCAUCCUGAUUACCGUCAUCAGCAUCAUAGGCAACACGCUCCUCAUAUGCGCUCUCUUUUCUUUUAAAGAUCACACUGUUGUCACAAAAAUCUUCUUAAUGAACCUGGCUUGCUCCGAUUUGAUCUUCACUGCCACACUGCCAUUCUGGGCUGUCUACCACCUUAAACAUUGGAUCUUUGGGGACUUUUUAUGCAAGUUUAUCACUGCAGUGUACUUCACUGGUCUGUACAGCAGCAUCAUAGUACUAACUGCCAUGACUGUCGAUCGCUUUUUUACUGUGGUGCUGAACCGCUGGCCGAACAGCCAUCCGAGGCAGAAGCAGUGUGCCAUCGGUGCCUGUGUGGUUGCCUGGAUGAUCAGUAUUGGUACAUCUGUGUAUGAUUCUUACAAAAUGGAGGUUUAUGAAGAUUUCUUCUGUGAAGAAUCCUCUUCUGACGGGGUUGGAUAUUAUGUCCAAGUUGCGCUGCUGUUCUUCGUCCCGUUUGCCAUCAUUAUUUUCUGCCAUUGUGCCAUCAUUAAAACAGUUUUACAGUCAACAAACAGGACAAAAUCAAAAGCUCUGUCAAUAAUUUUUUCUAUUGUUGCAGCCUACAUCAUCUGCUGGGGACCCUAUAAUUCUCUACUCCUUGUAAGGUCCUUGUACCAACCGGAAGGCUGUGAAGCAUUAGAGCUGUUGAGCAAAUUCUACCAAGUCUGUCGAAUAAUUGCCUUUUCCCACUGCUGCAUGAAUCCUCUGCUUUGUAUGCUCUCACAGAAGUUACGGAGUCACCUGUUUUGUCUUUUGCGCUGCAAAGUUGGUAACAUGAAUAACAGGGAGAGAGCCACAUACCAGAACAUGUCUGGUAUUCAAAAUGUCACUACAGGUAUCGUGCUGGAGGUGUACAACAGAUAACAGGCGGUAACCCCCAUGCACAAACACCUUUUAUCCACAAAUUGUUUGCACAUAUUAUAUUUGUAUGACAUAUCCAACAAUACUGGUUGCAGUAGGCACAGUCAGAACCUUGCUGUAACAGUAUGGAUAUUUUUACAAAUCGACUGGAGUGAUUCAUCACUUUGAAACAUAUUUUUCUUUUAAAUAACAUUUUUUGAGACCAAAAAUGUUUUUGCAUGUGUGUUCUGGGGUUUUGUAAAAUAUCCGUUUGAGUGUGGAGAUGAUCGGAAUUAUCUUUUGUAUGUUCAACGCUCUUAAGCUCUUCUUUUUAUUUGCCUAUUUUUAUUUUUGUUAUAUCGAUGGUGAGGUAUGCAUUCACUGUAAAAGCAAAUGAUGAGUCUGGACAUGUGAUGCUGUUAGAAACAGAAGUGCUGGUCAGGCAACACCAAGAACACCUCUGUCACAAGGAGAAAGAUAAAUUAGUUGUAUAUUUUCUUUAAUUCAUAAGUUAUAUAUUUUUUCUUUGUUAUAUGUAGGAUUAUAGUAAUUUAAAGCAACUGUUAACCUUGUGGAUUGUGUUUUUGUUGUAAGUUUGCAAAUGUGUUUGUCAUUGAGUGUCAAAAUUAUGAGCUUUAAAUCCAUUUUAUUUUCUUAUUCUUCUUUUGUUAUAUAGUAAGGAGUUAUGUUGCUGUUAUGGUUUGAGUGUCAUUUGGUUUGCUUUUGACCUUAUGGUUUGUGUGUGUGUGUGUGUUUUUAGUGUAUAAAACAUUCCUGUUUUUAAAAAUAUACCACUAUUUCCUUAUGUCUGUUCAAUUUGCUGACUCCAACUGGAUGAAUUGAAUUGUUGGAGGAAAACAUAUAUUGGGAAGUGGCAUACCUAAAAUUGGCAUUAUCAUGCAAAAUCCACUUUUUUAACCCUUAAAGGUUCAUAGUUACAUUAUUUGACUUUCUUUUUUAUCCAUAUGUCGGUAGCUCACUCUGCAUACAAAGUUUUUA